AAACGGUAAACGGUCGAAACAAAUAAUUCCGAGAACCAGCGAAAAAGAGGAAAAAAUCGCGAUUGUUCGCCGAUAGAGAAGAUUCACCGUAUCCUGUUGUUAAAAUGUUGUUUGUCGAAAAUAUCAAACAUGUUCGCGACACGUACGAUACGUGUGCCGUGUAAGAUAAGCGACUCGCGAGUUCCUCCCACCCAAAACGUACGAUUCCGCUGUAAACAGGCGAGACUCGAUUGCCGCAAGUUGUACUCUUAUUGGACGGCACAUUAGUCGGUUCGAGCGGAUCGUUUGUCAAAGUACUCUCCUUUCGUUCUCGCUGCGAUUCUGGCAGACUGCGUUCGUAUUCGACGACGAUCGAUCUCGACCAUGGAAAAUAAAGGGUGUUCGAAUUGCGCCGGACCCGGCUACGAGUCACCGAAAACUGCGAUGGCCGUGGGUCCGCGAGAGAAAUUGAUCUACGUUGUUUGCGUGCACACCGACCCCGAGAAAUCGGACGUACUUUGCACGGUCGACGUGGAUCCAACGAGCGCCACUUACUGCAAGAUCAUUCAUAAAUUGCGGAUGCCCUACGUCGGGGACGAAUUGCACCAUUCCGGGUGGAACGUUUGCAGCAGUUGUCACGGCGAGCCCCGCAAACGGAACACUCUGGUGCUACCGUGCCUGAUGUCCGACCGCGUUUACUUUGUCGACACGAGCAACGAACGAGCACCGUCUAUCAAAAAGGUAUUGUCGCCGACAGAGGUGCACGAGCACGGAGUGUCGACUUUGCACACCAGCCAUUGCGCGCCAACGGGAGAAAUCAUCGUUUCCGCGAUGGGCAAGCCGAACGGCGAGGCGCAAGGCGAAUUCCUUUGCAUCGACGCCGAGACGUUUCGGACGAAACGCGUAUGGACCACGGGAGAGAGGAAGGCAGCGUUCGGUUACGACUUUUGGUACCAGCCGUAUCACGACGUGCUCGUCGCCACCGAAUGGGGUGUACCCAAGGUGUUUAAACGAGGCUACGCGGUUAACGAUAGCUCCGAUCCCGCCAUCUACGGUAGAAGUUUGAACUUUUAUUCCUGGAGCGAAGGGAAGCUGAAGCAGGUGAUCGACUUGGCCGAAGAUGGAAUCGCUCCUCUGGAAGUAAGGUUUCUGCACGAUCCGAAAUCCAGCGAGGGAUUCGUCGGAUGCGCGGUAACGUCGAACGUUUAUAGAUUCGACAAAACGCCGGAGGGCGACUGGUUCGCCGAAAAGGUCAUUCAAAUACCUCCGAAGGAAGUCGACGGUUGGGUCGCUCCGCAAAUGCCAGGUAUGAUUACGGACAUUCUACUCAGCCUCGACGACAAGUAUCUCUAUCUCUCGAAUUGGCUCCACGGAGACGUCAGACAGUACGACAUCUCCGACACGAAGAAUCCAAAGUUAACGGGCCAAAUCUUUCUCGGUGGGUCGAUUUUGACCGACUCGAAGAUUCGCGUGGUUCGCGACGACGAGUUGACUGCUCAACCGAGCCCGGUUUACAUAAAAGGCCGCCGAUUCUACGGAUCGCCGCAGAUGCUUCAGCUGAGCCUGGAUGGGACACGUUUAUACGUGACCACUUCCAUUUUCAAACCCUGGGACCAACAAUUUUAUCCCGAUCACGUCAAGAACGGUUCGGUGAUGGUCAAGUUGGACGUGGAUCUGAAAAACGGAGGUUUGAAACUCGACGAACAGUUUUUGAUAGACUUUGGAGAGGAUAAGAACGACAUACUACUCGCACACGAGAUGCGAUACCCCGGAGGUGACUGUACUUCAGACAUAUGGUUGGCCGAACGUUGAUAACGAGUGGCAGCAUUAGGAGAAUGCAGAAACACGCAACGGUUCUUUCAAAGUAAUCUACCUUGGGAUACCUACCCGAUAAUCCUGCCUCGCGUCUUUUUUUCGACAUUUUCUCAAAUAAUAUUCCAUUUCACAGA